GCCGCACAGCCACUCGCACUCGACACAUGCCGCGAGAAACGCGCUACCAAACCCUAUUUUCGAAAACCGAACGACCGCGCCACCCAAACUAUUCUAAAUUCAAAGUUUAGAAAUGUAUGCUUGAUUAAAAAAAAUGUGGGCUUGGAUAUCACUGGCCGCUUUGGCGGUGGUUGCAAACUCCGCGGCGGGAGCGGGCGCCGGCGCCGCCCGCCUACUCUGUUACGUUGAGAACGCGUCCACAGACCAAUUUUCCGAGUGCACACAUUUGGUUUACGCGGGAAACGCGCGGGGAGACAAACUUGAAGCCGUGCUGAAGGACUACAGGAAAAACAACCCCCGGAUCAAGAUUGUGUUGAGAGUGACUGAUGGAGAUAAGGACUUCCGAGCGCUGCUCAAGACGAAGCACGUGCAAGGUCUAGAGGUAUACAAUGCUCACCGCUCGCUCAACCGCACGAGGGUCCAGACCCUGGUGUCCGACGCGAGGGCUGCCCUCAGCAGUGCCGGCUCCGGACCGCUACUGCUGUCUCUACCAGCCCAUGCGGAGUUAUUGGCCAAGUACUACGACCUUCGCGAGCUGGUGAAGGUCGCCGAUCUGAUGGUGUUGGAGACAGAAGCCCUGGGCUUAGAGAAGAAGAUGACCUAUCACCCGAGUCGCCUGAGCGGCGUGUGGGAUAUGAUGAAUACGGAUUCCGUAGUGGACCUGGCGGUCGGGCUCGGGGUUCCGGCGUCCAAGCUGGUGAUCAGUCUGCCGGCGACGGCGCGUCAGUUCACGCUGGUCAACGAGACCCUCAGCACUCCGGGCAGCCCUACAGAGGAGGAGGAACCCAGGGUCAUCGACCAGGCGGAGCUGUGCCGGCUGCUGCAGAAGGGACGGUGGACAUUGGAGCGCGACCAGGAUCUGUCGGGGCCUUAUGCUUUCCAGAACAAAACCUGGAUAUCAUUCGAAGACUCCUCCUCAGUGGACGUGAAGGGUAAAUACGCGCGAGUGCGUGGUCUAGCCGGCCUGGCGUUGAAGCAGGCGGACCGAGACGGGGAGACGCCCUGUGGAGCCACCAUCAAGGCGGCACUAGCUAAAGUGCUGAACCAGCAGAGUCGGGCACCGAGGGCAUUGGUGUUGAGGUCCUUAGAACAAGAGAUCCUGGCGGCCCCGCACGGCGCGCUGGAGGCGCUGCAGGUGUCCCCCUACCGGAUCACGCAGGUCGUGGACUCCGACGGACUCAUACAUUCCGUCAGAGAGGACACCCGCACGGAGUUCUCGUGCACGCGCCAGGGCUACUUCGUGCACCCGCGCUCUUGCGGCCGCUUCUACCGCUGCGUCAAGUUCGACCAGCUGUCGCCGGAGUACACGGUGUUCGAGUUCGACUGCCCCUCCGGCCUCGCGUUCGACUCGCGCUACGAGGUGUGCGUGUGGCCCGGCAGCCUGCCCGACGCCAGCGCAUGCGCAGGCUCCUCCGAGAUCGCACCCGUGCCCAGGACCAGAUUCGUGUGCCCGGACCAUGAGGGUUACUACGCAGACCCUGAGAACUGUCGUUGGUUCUUCGCGUGUCUAGACCACGGCACGUCGCCUCUCAGCGCCUACGAGUUCCGCUGUCCUUUCGGCCUCGGCUUCGACGCGGACCGACUCAAGUGCGACUGGCCCUGGCUGGUGCCUAACUGCGGGAACGUGGGGCGCUACGAGGCUCAGGCGCAUGGGUUCAACAGCGCCGUUUUGACUGGCGCAUCCGGCUACCACGGACAGACGGCUGAAGCGGUAAACGUAGCAGCUCACCAGAGUCUGGCUUCAGGCGCCGCACUCAACAAUCUCGUCGGAAUCCAAGGAGGCUAUCUCAGCCAGGCCGACGCUUUGGACGCUAACUUCAUAGCAUCCCAGGAGUACCACAGUGGAGGUGUCAGCGCUUUAGGUUUCGGACAAGCCUUUCAAAUCGGCCAUGGAAAUGGUGGUGCUCAAUCUGGUGCACUAGCAUUUCAAACCGCACAAGCUGGUGGUGUAGGACUAGUGCAACCCACCAAGUACAGCGAUGAGGGCAAAUAUUCCAGUGGUUCCUUAUUGCUCGACGACUACAGGCUACCGACCGGACAAUCUAACGCAGGUUACGUUCAACAAGCAGCCGGUUUUGGAGCUCAGUACAACAACGGGUACAAUGGAGCUGUUGGUUCCAAUUCCUAUUCCACUUCAUCUUUGUCCUCGAAUAAUUAUGACCAAAACAAAGGUAUUCAGUACCAAGCUGCUGCAGGUGAAUAUUCUGAUGCCGAUAACUCUGGUGCGUACGUUCACGAUACCACCGGUGACCACGCGGAGCCCUACAGACAUGAAGAUGCGCCGGCAGUACCCUACAUACAUGAUGGAGCCGCCUACAAAGAUUACAAUGACUACCAGGAAAGCAGGCGAUACAAGGAAUCUUCCCAAGGAGAUUAUGCAGGAAAAUAUGUUCACGAUACUAGUGGACAGUACGACUCUGAAUCUGGCAAUUACAAUGGUCAAUUAGGAGGGUCGUACAACACUAAAUACUCUGAUAAUAGUGGAAAGUAUAACGCUGACUACUCCGGGUCAUACAAUGGCGAUUACUCAAGCCAAAUAAAUACAGCUGGAAAGUAUGUAGCAGGUAUCUACCAAAAUGCAGGGCAAAGCAAUUUAUACAGCGUUUCCAAUAUCGGAAACGUAGGAACUGCAAGUCUAAAUAGCCAAGGAACAAGCGGGUCUAACAUUGAACAGUACCAUGGAAGUUAUGCUGGCGGCAACAGCGGACAAUAUCUAACAGACGGAAAAGCAUACACCGGCGCUUCUCAUACACUAGCUGCUGGAUCAGUGAACGUUGGUUUAGUAGGAAAAACUACUCUGGUUGAUGCGGCUUAUGAAGGAAACUCGCGUAGCAAUUACCAGAACUAUGAAACUCAAAAUGCUUACAGCACUGCAUCACAGUCUCAGUCGUACAACGGGUAUGAUGUAGCCCACCAGUCUUUACAAAAUGGUCAGCUAGGCUACAUAUCACAACCAGCUGUGUCUAUUAAUCAUGUAGGGACUGAUUCACAUAAUCUUGAUGGAUACAUUUACCACACAACCCCAACUGCAUCAUUAGCGCCGACCACCGCUAGACCCAUUGCAGUGACCACGGCUUUACCAGCUGUCACUACAACUUACAAAACUACCUACGUACCAGCAGCACCCACGACUAGCAUUAAACAAAUAUUUGGCAUCUCCCAACCAGCUGUUACAUACGUCCAGCCAACAGUCAUCCCUGUUAAACAAUACGUGACUCCGAGCAUUGAGGUGACUGGAUACAACCAAGCCGUUGACUAUCAAUCUUUCGAAAAUAAACAAAUCGUAAAUAAUUACAACGCUGAAGCUUCUGUCGCAAAAUCAGAGUCCGCGGGUUACGAUUAUUCAAAGCCGAGUAUUAAAUUUGAAGAAGGAGUAAGUACAUACAGCACCCCCGCACCCGCCGUCCAAGUAUCCACCUACCAGCCGCAAUCGUUUAACCUGCAAACUGUCCACAAUGUUGAAUCUGUACACUUUGGAUAUUCCACUCCCGCCCCAGCAAUUGCUGAAGCUGUUAAACCUAGUGUGGAGGUGACAGGAUACAACCAAGCGGUAGACUAUCAAUCUUAUGAAAACAAACAAAUUGUUAAUAAUUACAACACAAAUACAAAAGAGUCGGACGGUUACGAUUACCCAAAGCCGAGUGUUAAAUUUGAAGGAGUUAGUACAUUCAGUACUCCUGCACCAGCUGUCCAAGUGUCGACCUUCCAGCCACAAUCAUACAACCAACAAACAGUUCACAAUGUUGAAUCAGUCCACUUCGGUUACUCAACUCCUGCCCCAGCAUUAGCUGUAGAAGAGCCUUUCAAAAAGGUGGUGGCCUAUACUGUGGGGCCCCAACCAGUUGCUUUUGCUCAACCAACUGUAGAAACAUACGCUCCUCAAUCGUUCAGUUCACAAACAAUUCAUCAAACAAACGCAGCUAAAGAUGAUUUUGGUGUUGAAAAUUAUCACCAGAACAGGGUGGAGGUCGCGUAUGAGCAGCCAAAAGCCUUCGUUCAGUAUAGCACAGUACAACCAGCUAUAGCAGUCCAGUCAGGAGUGUCAGAAUACCAGCCCCAAGUGUACAGUCAGCAGACGGUACACAAAGUCGACACCAGCCAAGUUCAAAUUAAAUCUGAAGAAGCAUCAGGAUACGACUACCCGAAGCCAGCGGCGAAAUUCGAAGAAGCACCGAAACUGAUUGAAGUUUCCACCGCACGACCAGUAGUAACACUAUCCACAUACAAGCCGCAAUCUUACAGCCAACAAACUAUACACAAAGUUGAAUCAGACACCUACUUCCCAGUUUCAUCUACUGCUCAACCUAAAGUAGAAUUACAAUAUCAGCAACCUUCGGUAUCUGUUUAUGACAAUCCGAUUCUGAAGUAUACACAGAAGAUUACUCCUGUAUCGUACGUGAAACCUGUGGAGGUAACUCAAACUUAUCAGCCCACAGUACAACAACAUGAGGUCAAACACCAUAUAAGUCAACCAAUCCAAUAUGAAUCGGUACAACAACACUACAACACAGUAAAUCUACAAGACUAUUCGUACAGUCAGCCAGAAAUACAGAGGGAGUCUUUUAAGUCUGGUAUCAAAUAUUCAUUAGCAAGUGACGUGUCUCAUCAAAUAAUUAAUCAUGGAAUUGUGAACAAUCAAUAUAACGCCAAAAAAGAAGACGUUGUGUUCGUAUCCAGUACGCCAUCAACUCUGGCUUAUGAAGAGCAUUACAGUGAAUAUGAAGCGCCUAAGAAAAUAGAAACAUAUCAAGCACCAGAGUACGUACCUCCGAAGAACAAUUACCAAGAGUCUUACACAGUAUCGACGGCAUCUACGCCAGUAAUUCAAAAAGUUCAGAGUUAUCAGGCUGCCGAAUACGUUCCUGCUAAGAAUGAUUAUCAAGAAACUUACACUGUUUCUACAACAUCUCCACCGGCCGUACAGAAUUACAGAUCUCAAGAAUAUGUGCCCCAGAGGCAAACAUACAAAGCUGCAGAAUACGCUGCCCCAAAAAUAGUUUACGAGGAGUCUUACACUGCUUCUCCAGUAGUACACCAACAGAUUUCAGCGGUCCAAGAUCAGUACGAUUACAAGCAGCAAGAUUAUUCACAGCAAUAUGAAUACUCACAAAAUGUUGCACCAGUCCAGCAGACCUCUUUUGCCACUUCUUAUGUAAAACAACCUAAGACAGUGGAAUCGUUCCACAUUUCAUCUUACCCGGCUUCGUCCGUAACCGUAAAACCCAUAUCGUAUCAAAGUCCUGAGAUUCAAGUUGGCUACAAUGCCGAAGAAUACUUGCCACCCGUAGUGACUACUGCCAGACCGGUGACUACAACCUAUGCCCCGCGAACGUACUCAACAACCACUACACGAGAGUACUUGCCCCCUACUUCAGAAGCCAACAACGAUAGAGAAUAUCUACCACCUAAGGUUGACAACACUUAUAUACCUCCAUCGACAACUUCUCGACCAGUUUACAAGUCUACCCGCCCGUCAACCACUUACAAAUACGUAGAGUCAACCACUUUCCAAGCUCCUGAAUACUUACCGCCUCAAGAAGAUGAAGACUCUAAUGUAAACUUCCAGAGUUUCGGCCUGAGGAACAAUCCCUAUCAAGAAUAUACAGUAAACAAAGCGGAAGCACCUAGAAUUACAUCGACAAUCGUCCCAGUUACAAGAAAGCCAAAUUUGGUGGUCGAAACCGCAAAAGCAAACCUCCUUGGAUUUGGUACUGUUGGACCUGAUGCUGGUUUAGUAUCUACUGAUUAUGUAUCGAGCACUGAGUCAUAUCCCCCCAUCACACAAAAGGUCGUAACAUCUACCUAUCCUCCCGCGAUUAAAAAAGGAUUAGUUGAAAUUAACCCGAGACCAGUGCCAGCCAGAAGAACAAAGCCUAAAGUUGCUGUUGUUACAAAAAUAAAUGACUUCAAUCCGCUUCUGGUCAGAAAACUUGGAGCCGUCUGUAGUUGCCAGUCUCCAGUUGUAGUACUUAAAGGCAGGCGACCGAGUGUUCAGGUUCAGGAUUACGAUGUGGACUACAGUAAUGAUUAUGAUGAUGCCGGCAGGGGAGAUAUUGGUAGCGAAGAUAUUGUCAGAACAUCUUACAAGGAAAGUCGACCUGCUAGAAUAAAGUCUGUAACGGUAUCGCCCAUUCCUACAUCCACUUUCAACCCUAUCAUUGUUCCAGAUGAUUCAUACUACCAAGACAUUUCUGGCCCUAACGACUACAAUGUAGACAUUACACCAAAGAACCGGGAGAUAUAUUCUGACAGCUAUGUUUCCAGUACCCCAGCUGUAUACUCAUCAACCACUGAGAAGGUGUACACAAUUAGACCAAGAGUUAAAGCUGUCACAGUUGCGCCUACAUACCGAACUGUUUUACUGAGGGAACCACAAUCAACUCCAGCUAUCGUUGUUAAAGACAGCCAGGAAAGUCAUGCCAGUACUGUGGAUUCAGCUACUUUCGACAGAUACGGCCCUGGAGGCUUGAGGAGCCGUGAUGAAACUCUGCAAGGAUCAGUGGACUGCCAGCGAGCUGGUCUGUUCCGUCAUCCGAAACAAUGCAACAAGUUCUAUGCUUGCAGAUGGGACUGCACCAAGCAGAGGUUCACCCUGCAUGUGUUCAACUGCCCCGUGCAACUUACAUUUGAUGCCUCCAUAGGGGCGUGCAACUGGCCGAGCCAGGGGCCUGCCUGCCAGGGAGACACUCUUCUUACCAAUACUCUCUAAGCUUAAUAUUUAAACUAAUGUUGUGCCAUCGAAUUUGUGAUAAAAUGUGAUCCAACUAUCCACAUGUUGCCGUAUUAGCUGCCUUAAUUAUCGAGAUGGACAUACCUCUCUUAAUCUGUUUUAGAUGCUUAUUAUUUAUUUGUUGUGUUUAUUUAAUUAAUAGUUGAUUAUUUAUUACUCUUGUCACAAGGCUCAAGUUGGCCUAGUUUUGGAAUUAUGAAAUUUUAGCUGAUCAUUAGUUACCAUGUCUAGUUCAUCAACUCUUUUAAUUAAUGUUACGUUACGUCUUGUAAAAUAGUGAAGUCAUUUUUGUGUUUU